CAGGGGUAAAAGAGUUUGAGGGACCCCUGGUUUAAACACCAAGAAAGAGUGGAGCACAACAAUGGAGUAUUUGAAUACUAGGCAAAAAUGGAGCACCCUAAAAUAUAAACGGCACAACAAGGCGGAAGAGAUGGAGCAGCACAAGACAAAAAGUUCUGUAGCGACUGAGUACUGGAGAGAAGUGGAGCACAUGGAGACAGGGUCAAUAGAAAGGGCUAGAGAGACAGCGAGUUUGCAAUGUGAGUGCUAGAGACAAGUAGUGGAGUAAAAGUAGUGCGCGUGGGGAGGGGUGCGUUGCGCAGGAAGAAGUGGAGCGCGCAAUCCAGAUGAAGGGAAGAGAGUGGAGCACAGGCUGAGUGCGCGUCAGCGGAGAGGAGAAUAAAGAACCUCCAUGUCCGUGGGGAGGAGAGAGGAGCCCGGUCAGACUGUGCGAGGAGAAUAGUGAGACUGAAGAGAAGCGCACAGACUGUGACACUGGAUAGAGGGAGCGCAGUUGGCACUGAGUAUCGCACUGACCUCGCCUAGAGACCGGGGUAGCGCCGCCUGACAGUCACACAGCAGAGGAGACCGGUGCCAGUCCGUUUGGCAGACAGACAGCCCGAUAAAGAGAGAGUUCUGACUCCCCGAGAGCUUCAGGUGAGCCCCAAAGAGCGUUUGGCACAGGACUGGAGAAGAAUCGCAGCUGCUUCCACUUGUUGCGCCUACUGACACAAGAACGAAAAGGCGCAGUGCUAUGAGCUGAGAACUUAUUUGCGCCACUUGGUAGGAACCUGUAAGAACCCCCGACACUAUGGAGGAGAUAAGUCAGACACCUGGAGAUGAUCCUGCAAGAACUGGGACCCAGGUACUUCCCGAGGACUCCUCAUUGGACAGUCUUUUGUACCAGAGACCCGAACAUGAGGGCUCCUAUCUGAAAGGGGAAGGGCCUUCAUCUCCUGAUAACAAUGACUUGGAGAACGUGCUGGACUCUAUCCUGGAUUCCUCCUCAGCCUCCUCUCACCUCCACUCCUGGACUCAUUUUGCUGCCCCUGAGGUAUCUCGGGUAACUCCUCACAUGUGUCCCUCUGAUGAAGCUAAAGCUCUCAGUAUCCACCAUACUUCUUCCCUGGAGGAAACCAGUCUUUGGGCUGCACCUACACUAGUUGAAAGGAAAGAACCUGGAGACUCUAUGCCCCUGAAAGGGAAAAACUCUUUGGAAGAGACCAAAGAACCCAACUCAUCAUUGACCAUGGAUAGUGAUGAAACUGUUACAUCGAUCCUGCCCAUAUUGCCACCAGAUCUGAACCUGAACAAUAUGCCCAUCCUGCCACUGAACCCAGCAUACCUAGCAGUCAGGGCUCGCCAGAUUCUGGGCGGGGAAGAAGGUGGCCAAAGGUCUUCUCCUGACACUUUCCAGACUUCGAUUCCAUAUGCAAAUCUUCAGCCCAACAUGAAACAAAUUUCUUAUUUUUAUCCUGAUACACAGCCAGAUUUCAGAAUUAAAAAGGAAAGCUCUACAGUCUCUCUGUAUAAAGCAGCAGCCAAAGAAAGCACAUUGGGUCAGGAUUACGGAUCGUCUCCCCAGAAUCCUUCAACUCCCGAUCCAGAUCCUUCCUUGAAUUUCAUUCUGUACAAAAAUGAUUCUGCCUGUGAUUAUGACAGUUUUAAGAUUUCUUAUGGGAACACAAGUGAGGGCUCAGGCUGUGUUCUGCCCUCAACCUCAGCCCAGACCAUCUACCAGCCCUUGAGCCUCAAUGGUCAUCAGCAUAUUACUUUCCAACCAACAUCAAUGAAAGAGACAUAUUUAUCCGAAAUCCAGCUCCCCUAUGUGUCUUAUAUCAGCGAUGGGAACCCAGACCCAGGCAGUCCCUUCAGCUUUGAGACGUUUCCGCAGAAGAUCUGCUUGAUCUGCGGUGAUGAAGCUUCAGGGUGUCACUAUGGAGUCCUGACUUGUGGCAGCUGCAAGGUCUUCUUUAAAAGAGCCAUAGAAGGGCAGCACAACUAUCUGUGUGCGGGUAGGAAUGACUGCAUCGUGGAUAAGAUCAGGAGGAAGAACUGUCCUUCCUGCCGACUGAGAAAGUGUUGCCAAGCAGGAAUGGUACUUGGAGGACGAAAAUUUAAAAAGUUCGGUCGAAUUAAAACUGGGAGAGAAAUCGAUACAGUUGUUCUUCAGUCGCCACCGACCCUGUCGCUGGAAUGUCAGCAGAUUCUAAUAAGGAGAAUAUCCAACAGUUCCGCUCAGGAAAUCCAGUUCACCCCAGAGUUGCUCCAGAUCUUGCAGAGUAUAGAGCCUGAGGUUGUAUAUGCUGGUUACGAUAACACACAGCCCGAGACCCCAAGUGCAUUGUUGAGUAGUCUCAAUCAGCUUUGUGAACGACAACUCGUUUGUGUAGUAAAAUGGUCCAAGUCCCUUCCCGGGUUUAGAAACUUACACAUCGAUGACCAGAUUACCCUUUUGCAAUAUUCUUGGAUGAGCCUGAUGGUGUUUGCCUUGGGAUGGAGGUCGUAUCAACAUGUCAGUGGGCAAAUGCUGUAUUUUGCUCCAGAUUUGAUAUUAAAUGAACAAAGAAUGAAAGAUUCGUCAUUCUAUACCCUUUGCCUCUCCAUGUGGCAGCUGCCGCAAGAGUUUAUGAAAUUACAAGUUACCCACGAGGAGUUCCUGUGCAUGAAGGCUUUGCUGCUGCUCAACACAAUUCCUUUGGAAGGACUUAAAAGUCAGACUAAUUUUGAUGAGAUGAGGUCAAACUACAUAAGAGAGCUGGCCAAGGCUAUUGGCUUAAGACAUAAAGGUGUGAUUGCCAGCUCCCAGCGUUUCUAUCAACUAACCAAACUCAUGGACUCCAUGCAUGAACUUGUAAAGCAGCUUCACCUUUAUUGUCUCAACACAUUCCUGCAGUCAAGAUCGCUUAGCGUGGAAUUUCCUGAAAUGAUGUCGGAAGUGAUCUCUGCCCAGUUACCCAAGAUCCUAGCUGGGAUGGUAAAACCACUUGUGUUUCACAAAAAGUGAAGAUCAUAUCUCUUUCAACACCCUAAAAUAAUUUAAUUUAUGUCUGUCUUGUGAUAAAGAUUAUCUAAUGGAUAUUUCUUUUUUUGGGGCCGCAACCUGCAUGCGAAAAGGCUAUAGUUGCUUUGGUUCUUCAAUUUACUUAGUAGGAUAAUUUUUUUGUCCAAGGAAUAUGUGAGCCAUAGACCAAUGCAGUGAGCUCUAUGAAUUUGUGGACUGUUAUCAUUACAAAUAUCUAAGCUAAAUUGUUAGUGUUUGAGGGGAUGGAACUAUAUUUUAGACACAGUUGACCUUCAGCACACCACAUGCCCUUACUCAUCAAUCCCAGGCUGCUCCACACCAAUAUUAGAACUACAGACAUAACGGAAGGGCACAUGGACUUCUAUUGUGCAGGCUACUUACUAAGUGAAUAGGAUAGCACACCAUUUACUUCACACACUGUUGCUCUUCAACCAAAAGCUGCUCCACCUCAAUAUUAGAACUAUAGAAUUGAAAAGAAGGGCACAUAGACUUCUUUUAUAGACUGUCAUCCAGCCAUACUGCGAGUGUUUGAAGAGAUGGAAUUAUUUAUUAACCACAGUUUACCUUCAGCCAACCAUUUACUUUACACACCAUUGUAAAUCAGUUUCAGGCUGUUUCUCCCCUAAAUAUAUUGAAGGGAAGGUCACAUGGACUUCUCUUGUGUGCUCCAUGAAUUUCUGGCCUGUUGAUAUGCAAAAUGUCCAAGCUUAAUUAUGUGUGAGGAGAUGGAACUACUUACUAAGCACAAUUGAUCUUUAACACACCAUAUACUUAAAACGUUGGUUCUCCUCAAUAUCAGGUUGCUCCUCACCAAUAUUAGACUGUAGACAUGUAUAUCUAGUCUGUUGAUAUACAAAAUGUCUAAGCUUAAUUGUGUUUGAGAAGGAGAAGAUGGAACUACUUAUUAUGCACACUUGACCUUCAGCACACCAUUUACAGUACUUCACACAUUGGUGCUUUUCAAUAUCAGGUUGCUCCUCGCCAAUAUUAGACUAUAAACAUAGAAGAGAAGGCCAGAUUAACUUCUUUUGUGUGGGUGAUAGAAGUCCAUGUUCCUUUCCUUCCCAUGUGUGGGCAAUAUAAUUAUAUGUCCCUUGAGUCUGAAGUAUGUGAAUGCUAGAAGGCUCAGUGGCUUUGUGGACUGUUGUCAUCCUGAAUCUCCAAGAUAAAUUGGGAACAUUUGAGAAGAAGGAACUUGUUGGCCAUCAGCACACCAUCUUCUCCACAUACUGAUGCUCAUCAAUCCCAGGCUGCUCCAACCCAAUAUUAGACUAUGGACAUUAAAGAGAAAGGCACAUUGACCCAUGUGCUCUUUCUUCAAUGUCUGUACCUGUUAGAAAACUAUGUUAAAAAAAGGAAAGGCUUAACCAAGGAGCAUCUUCUGAAGUUAGCUCUAACCACACUAGCUACCUUUCACAGAGCAGUUGAAGGAUCAGCUCAAGAUAGACUAGAAAAUGUUAGAGAUCUUCACAUACAUAGGAAUGGCAGUUUUCAGUGUUUUGAGUUCUCUAGUAGUUGCCUUGGCUUCUUGUACUGCGAUUGUAUUAUAGUAUAUGACCUAUCACUGCUGUUUCAUAUAACAAUGCAUAGAAGAGAUACAAUAUGGUUGCCUUCACGUUUACCAAAGCAUUGCAGUCGUACAUUAGAUAUGGAUAUUGUGCUUACAAACAUAUUGCCAUAGAAAGAACUUUUGGCCAUCUAGUUUCUUUUGCUGUGCAAUUUUGUUUUUUCAUGUAAUAAUUAAAUAACCAUGUAAAUAUGUCUGAAGGAUUGAUAUGAAGAAGAUUUUAUUUUUCUGUACACAGGUUCUGAGAAUAUGAAAUGUUUUUCUUUGCAUUUCCCAGUAUGUCCUUUUUAAGUCAACAAAUGUUGAAAGAGUGAAAUAAAUGCCAGAAAGAUG